AUGUCGUCCCCUAACGGCACCCCACUAAUCGACCUGCCCAAGCUCACAAUCGCAAACUAUAGCACCUGGGCACCCCUCAUGAAGAACCUCCUCAAAAUGAACCUAGUCUGGGGACUCGCCCAAGGGCGCGAAAGUGCCCCUUCCCUCAGCAGCGGUAGCAGCCGUCAAGAAAUCGAGCACUUCCAUGUGCGUCAGGACCUAGCCACCUCGCAGAUCUUCCUCAACUGCGACAGCGAGGUGCAAGCCAAGAUCGCCGAUAUCGACGACCCGGCGGAGCUGUGGCGGAGCCUCAAGGAUAUGAGCGAGAAGGCGAUUAUGGUGGACGAGUAUUGGCUGCGUAAAAGGCUGUAUUCCAUUGAGCUGGGCGAGUGCGGGUCUGUGGCGGCGUAUGUGGGCUUGAUACAGGACACGAUCAAUCUGAUUGAUGCGUGCAAUCCUGAAGAGCCCGUUGGGCCCGCACAGCACUGUUUUAUACUAUGUGAUGGGCUAUCCGGGGAGUGGUUGCCAUUUAUUGGGGAGCUACAUCGCGCGGGGAAGACGAGUAGGAAGCCAGAGGAGCUGAUUAAGUUGUUUUUGGGACAUGAGGUGCAGCUGAACCGGGAGAAGGAGGAGAUGGAGAAAGAGCAGAAACGAGCUGAGGCGGUUCCAGUGCCGCCAGAGUCGGAGAGGAAACGAGAGAGUCCACCGGUACCAGUGCCAGCACCGGUGCAAGUAGGAGGUAGUGGUGGUGGAGGUGGAGGAGGAGGAGGAGGAGGAGGAGGGCAGGAAGCGCCUGUGGCUGAGCCGGCACCAGAGGCCGCCCGAAAUAUCCUGAUCCGCUCCCGCCACCGCUUCUUCAAUAUCCGUGACACAAAAGUCAACUUCUACUACACGCACCCCUUCAGUUCGAUCCACUAUCACGCCUGCUAUUCCAUCCCGGCGUUCGCCGUCGUAACAGACCACAUCCACGUGCUAUAUCCAGAAAUAUGCCGCCAGAUAUACACCAACGACCGACGGGACAAGAUCAUCUCUGGGAACGAGCAGGUGGGCGAUGUAGCAAUAUACAUCAAGCCCUCCGCCGGCGAUCAUGAGGAGGAGGGCGCUGCCAAUUAUAGUGGUGGUGCUGCCAAUUGUGGUAGUAGUAUACGUAGUGGUGCUUCUGCUCAUUGUGGUGGUGCUGCUGAUCUUAGUUCUGAGGAGGGUUCUAGAGCACCAGCACCGGCAAGUGAGGCCAUGGUUGAGAAGAAAAAGUUAAUAGAUUGGAUCUUCGAGACGCCGGAUUGGAGGCAGUUGUUGUUAGAUAACUUCUGGGAGUUCCCCGGAGGGAAUGGGGGGCCGACGUAUACCUUGGAGGUCGAGUAUGAAGAUAAUCACCGGGUUUCGAUCUUCUUCGACCACGAAAGAGAGUUUGAGUCGUUAGGCGUCACUCUUGAGAUGUUCUUCCCGCCAGAGGCAGAUAUGGAGCUUUGA